AUGGAGGACCACAGCACCUGCACCUGGACUGCGCCGCGCGACAUGCACACCUCUCUUCUUCUACACGACCACCAAACGACCCGGCAAAGCCUAGAGUCCACGACAUUUCCCAAAACAUCCCAAACGGCCAAGCAGCCAGGGCGUGACUACGUUCGCAAGAUGAUGCCUCGUAAGAGGAAGCGUACGGCGGGCGACUGGGGCACAACUAUUUACAACCGAAGGCUUUUGCUCGAUGACAAUGCGGCGAGCAAGGUGGCCGGGAAACACCAGCCCCUUCCGGAAGGACAGGCUUCUCAACGUCAAGACACCCCCCGAACCAGCGGACAAGCAAAAGAGAGGAAGCAGAAAAGUCCGGCCAAGGACAGUUUGCUUGAUAAGAAGCCGUCUCUUGAGGCACCACCAGUUCCCAUGGUGGCAAGGAGCAAUGCCUUAGCUAACAUGCCACCAAAGGUUGAAGCAGCCGUUACUCGCCAGUACAAAUUGGUAGCUUCCGAAAUGACACCUCUGUUCAGCCCGAGGCUGCCCAGUGUUCCAGACGCUCGGCCACUAUCAGUAUCACAGGCAAAGCCGACUGAUUUAGCACAGUAUUCUGAUGUACUUGCUGUGAUUGCGGCAGACAUUGGCCCGGCUGAAUCAUCCCAGAGAUCAUUCACCGAGGAUCCUGUUCUAAUGAGGGCCAAGUAUUUAGCGGGGCCAUCUCUCUCUACGUCCCCGUUGAAGCUUGAGAUGAGCUCACAGCCGAGAUUUCGUCUUGUGCCUUCCUGGGGGCCGACUCCUGGAAAGACGAUGAAGGGUCCACAGCUUCCUCGAGAGCCUCGAGAGACCCCAAAGUCUUUAGAAAGCCAAAUCAGCGAGUUGCAGAUGAAGGAUGAGACGAAGGAACAGAUCACUCGGCCACGGCCGAUCUCUGACGUGAGUCCAAGCAGGCCUGAGUCUAUAGGUUCAGAACAGAGCGAACCGGCAAGUGGCGCGGAGUCCAAGGCAACGGAAGAUCUGUCUCGGGGUGAUACGCAGGAUCCCCUGACCCUUCGGGACAAGAGCAGUGUAGCGGACGACGAGGGCGGUAAGGUUGUUGAGCCAGUCCCAUCUCCGGCUCCGGAUAGUCGCACAAUUUUCGAGAAGCUUUUCGGGGACCAAGAACGAACGAGAGGGCCAGACCAUGCGCAACUGUCUUCCAGACUGAAAGCUACCAUGGCGGCACGCAGAGAGAAGCGGGUCGACGCAGAGCGACAGAACGUGCUGGAAACAGUUCCGCAAGAUGAGGAUAACGCCAGACGUCAAGCUGAUCUGAACGUCAGACAUGGGCUAUCAAUUUUCCGCCAGCUUUUCCCUGAACAGGCCGGCCCGGAGACAACACAGAGUGAGCCGGAGAUAUCUCGCGACACAUAUGGGAUACUACACCCGCCCGAGGAUUCUGUUAUGGUCUCCUUGCGGAACGAAGUCCGCAACUGGGUAGACGAGGGGGACCAGGCGCAAAUAAGCUGGCCCAAACCUGGCGAUUAUGGAUCCCAUUCGACCGUGGUUGUGAUUUCCGGGACAAGUCCCUCACUCAUGGACACGGACUUCUACCGCAUCGCACCCGAGGGUAAACACGUGGAAGGCUGGGCCGGCGGACUGGCCAAGGUCAUCCAGGCCCACGACUCGAUCAGCUACGACCCCUUGGGCCAGUACUACCUUAUGUUCUACUCCCAGCCUUCCGCACUAGCCUACGUGAGCGAGGUGCGGCGCCUCCACGAGCUGAGCCGCAGGCUGCUCCACGCGCCGGGCGACUCGGGCCGGGAGGUCGCCAAGGGCUCCCUGGACCAGGCGCCCGCGUUACCGCAACCCUUCCUGACCGACGAGGAGAGGGCUGCGGUCCGGUCCUUCACGCUCUUCCCGCCGCACAUCAGGCCGCACAUCAGCGUGCGCCUGUGGAACACACAGCUGGUCGAGGAGCUCGCGGCCAAGUCCAACAUCGCAGACGUCCUACCGACGCUGCGGCCCGAGGCGUCCACCCCGGCCAGGGUGCUGCUGAAGCUGACGUCGCCGGACGGGCAGCACGGCGAGGGCCAGGGCGGCCUGACGACCGACGAGCUGUGGCUGACGCUGCGGGACGACGGGCGCGAGCGCAGUGCCCCCUGGGUCCUCGCCAACCUGUCCGAGGGCAUCAUGCCCGUCAGGCCCAGGUUCAUGUCGGAGCGCUACAAGAUCACCGUCAAGGCGGAGCCCGUGCCCGUGCCCCUGGAGCUGGGCGACGGCGAGGACGACUACGUGGGCGACGCCUCGCACGGGGCGGCCGGCGGGCCGGUCGUCGGCCCCUCGCCGCCGCCGCGCAAGGGCGCCGAUGGGAGCCCGGCCGUGGACCGCAACGAGCGCUUCAGGCGGUUCGUCCUGACCUUCACACAGCCGGCUAUCGCGAGGCGGUUCGUCAGGUGCUGGCACAAGAGGGUUGUGUACGACGCUUUGCUCAACAGGAGCGUUGUGAUCGAUGCUGCGGCGAUCAUGUGAACAAAAUAUCAGCGUGUAUAGUUGUACAUUUGGGCUAGACUAUAGCGGCUUGGGUUCUCCUACUCGGCAGGACUCCAUCUCAGCGGGCGGCGGAAUAAAGUCCAUGCGGAGGUUGGGUAUGUUUGUGUAAACCGUACUUGCGUGGAAUGGGACAUGAUACCCCAUAUAUAUCAUAGACAAUGAGACAGAAGCUAGCCCUGA